AUGGGGAUUCAUCAGGAGAAUCAAAAUUCUCUCCCUACUGCUGCGCACAUUCCAACGCGUGAAGAACUUCCCUCCACAUCCUUCACAUCUCCAAAUACCGAUUUCAUUCAUACAGCGACUGUCGCACCACCCGCCAUCCGGUACGGACAUCAGGUGAUCUACACUCCAUCUUUCCAAAGCACCAGAGCGCAUCGCGGAUCAGAUGGACAUAAAUCGGCUGAUGAGGAUGGGAUUGUUCAUUCCUCGUUAUUGGAGAUUUUUCCUCAGAGUGUUGAUAAAAUGGCGCUGAGAGAGAGGAUUGAAAAAUGGAUGGAGCAGGUUGAGCAUGGGGAGUGGGAGACGGAGAUGGAGACGGAGAUGAAGACGGAGAGUAAGAGUAAAGAGGGGGGAGAUGAGGUGAUGACGGGAGGAGUCUCUUGUUGUAAGAGUCGUAAGAGUCGUAAGAGAGAUAGGAAGGGGAGGUAUGUGGUGGGUGGUGAUGAGGAUGAGGAUGAGGAUGGUGGUGGAGUACGUGGAAAGAAAAGUCGUGUGGGAGAGUGA